AACCAUUGUAUUUCUUAUAAAUUGGCAUUGGCUGGAAAUAAUGCAGCAAAACAAGUUGAUAAAUUUAAGCAAUAUGAAAAAAUUGUACAUAAUAUUUAUAGUUAUUUUUCACGAAGUUCAGAACAUAUGAUGCAUCUUCAAAUAAUAGAAGAAAAUAUUGAUGAAGUUGAACUAUCUUGGGGAACUUAUUUGUGCAAAUAUAUGAAUAAACAAAAUAUUAUCACAGAAGAGUUACCUAUUAUUAUUACAAAAUUUGCAUAUACUGCAAUUGAAUCAUUAGAGAAAAGAUUUCUGAACCAAAUUCAGGUCAAUGCAUUUUAUAUUUUUGAUCCAAUGUCUUUACCAACUAAAAAAUCUGAACUUCAAAAGUAUGGUAAAAAUGAAAUUGAAAUUCUGAUUGUUGAAUAUAUUUUUUCUCAACAAAAUUUAAUUAAGACUAAACUUCAAAAUUCAUAUCAAGAAUGGAGUAAACUUGAUGUAGAAUUAAAUAAUUAG